GUAAAAAAAAUAGACCCCUAGUGUCAUCGAUAUCACGUGCAUUGGCUGGCCGAAUGUUGGCUAAUGAAACUUGUCACUAGCUUUACGCGGCAAUGCAACCUAAUCUAACCUUUUCACAGCGGAUAAAAAAAAAUGAUAUGAUGCCUGUAGUAUGUAUGUGGAUCGAGGCCGUUUUUUUUUGAGGUUAUCACGCGCAACGCUUGUCACCUGCAAUAAGCGUUGAAUACCGUCAAGUAUCACGAUGGAAGCGAAACGCCCAAUUUAUAUUUGUUCCCUGAUUUUGAUUUUUUAUCUGUCAACCGUUAUUUGUGAAAUUGAACCGCGUUAUGACGAGAAACUUGAAUUAGCCGCGACAUCGACGAAAUUUCCAGAGUUUGUGUCCGAGAAGCCACAGGAUAGAUUAGGCUUUUUGCAUGCUUUUGUAGCAUCUUUGUCAGUAAUUGUGGUGUCAGAAUUGGGCGACAAGACAUUCUUUAUCGCUGCUAUAAUGGCGAUGAAACAUCCAAGAUUAACUGUAUUUGUUGGAGCGAUAAGUGCUCUUGCACUAAUGACUAUUUUAUCAGUGGUGUUUGGAUAUGCAGCCACGAUAAUUCCCCGUGCAUAUACUUAUUACAUUUCCACUCUUCUAUUUGCUCUAUUCGGAUUAAAAAUGUUACGAGACGGAUAUUACAUGUCACCAACAGAAGCACAGGAAGAGUUGGAAGAAGUUCAGUCUGACCUCAGGAAAAGAGACGACGAGUAUGAAAAGGAGACUGCGAGUACUUUAGUUCAGGAUCCCGAAACCGGAGUAAUACGAAAAACAACUAAAACCAGCGCACUCAUGUUGCUUUCCAGGAUAUUCUUCCAAGCGUUUACCCUUACCUUUCUCGCGGAAUGGGGCGACCGUUCACAAUUAACAACCAUCAUCCUCGCGGCGAGAGAGGAUGUUUAUGGAGUUAUAUUGGGUGGAAUAUUGGGUCAUUCGUUUUGUACCGGCUUAGCAGUAUUGGGAGGACGUAUAAUAGCUCAGAGGAUAUCAGUAAGAACAGUGACCAUUAUUGGUGGAUUGGUAUUCUUACUGUUUGCCCUUACGGCGCUCUUCGUCAAUCCCGUGGAAGACGUUUGAAGAUCUUCCUUAACAUACUCCGAAAAUUUCUACCAGUAUUUACUUUGCGAAUUUUGUAUAUCGUGUAUAUUGCAUAUGAGCAUAUUGUAUAUUUGUGUGUACAGUAUGAUUCUAUACUUUUUACAGAAUCACAAGAUUAACUAAGAAUUGGCCAGUUCUGGCCAAAGAACUGCCUUCUUAAUAUAUGUGGUAUAUAUAUAUAAAUGUUUCUGAAUAUCGACACGAAUAUAUCUUAGUUAACCAAUUAGAUAUUAUAUUAAUGUCUGUGCAAAUGUACAUAAAGUUAUCGAUAAUUAUUGCAAAAAUGAUCAAGAUUCCGCGUCUUUAUAUCAAAAUUAUAAAAAUUUAUUAUUUCAUUAUUGUUAAAAUGUGUUCUAUAUACAGAACAUACAAUAAUUUAAUCAAGUAAAUCAAUUUAAAAAAGUAUUUUGAAUAAUUUUGACAAGUACAACGAUAACUGAUAAUAUCAGUAUGGGGCAUUCAGAACAUGGAAAUCCUUGUAGUACAAUGAUACUUUAAACUUUAAAUUUGCGUAUCUAAUUUAUCGACUUAUACAAAUAUAAAAUGUAUUACACAAUCGUACUUCAUACUAAUAAUUUUAUCGUUUGUAUUUAUAUAUAUAUCAUUUGUAAGAUAUUAAUGAAAAGUUUUUUAUCAUAUAGAUAAAGACAAAGUAAUGUAAUAUAUAGAAAAAAAACACUAAUACUGUAACAAAAUAAUACUGUACAAAAAUAAUGCUAUAAAUAAGACUUGAUGAAACAGAAAGAAUGUAAUAGAAGGGAUGUUCAUCUUUAAAUUAAACAAAUAGAAAAUAUAGAUAGAAUUUAUAAGUUAUCAAUGUACGAUCAAGAGAAAUUAUUUAGAGAAAUCUAUUUUAAUUAUAUAUUGUAAGAGAGAAGCUUAUAAUAUAGUGAAAUAAAUAAAUAUUAUAAAAUAGAGA